AGGCGCAGGCGCCGGCACCCAGUAUAAAUGCCUCAGGUUGCCAUUCUCCCGCUCGCAGUGUGUGCUUGAUCGUUAGUGCAACCACAACCGUGCAAGGACUUACAAAGAUGUAUUCAAGGUGUUUAAUAGUGCUUGCGGCCGUCGGCAUGGCGAUGGGCCAAGAAUCCUUCAAAUGUCCCGAUGACUUCGGCUUCUACCCUCACCACGUGUCCUGCGACAAAUACUGGAAGUGCGACAACGGUGUCGCUGAGCUGAAGACUUGCGGCAACGGCCUCGCCUUCGACGCCACCGACUCCAAAUACCUCACCGAGAACUGCGAUUACCUGCACAACGUUGAGUGCGGAGAGAGGACACAGCUUGAGCCCCCGAUCUCCACGCCCCACUGCCAGCGGCUGUACGGCAUCUUCCCCGACGAGCAGAAGUGCGACGUGUUCUGGAACUGCUGGAACGGAGAGGCCUCUCGCUACCAAUGCAGCCCCGGACUCGCCUAUGACAGGGAGGCGCGCGUGUGCAUGUGGGCUGACCAGGUCCCUGAGUGCAAGAACGAGGAGGUCGCGGGAGGUUUCGCCUGCCCCGCCCCCGGUGAGGUGUCCAACGCGGGCUCCUUCAGCCGCCACGCUCACCCCGAAGACUGCCGCAAGUACUACAUCUGCCUCGAGGGCGUGGCCCGCGAGUACGGCUGCCCCAUCGGCACGGUGUUCAAGAUCGGAGACGCUGACGGCACCGGCAACUGUGAGGACCCCGAGGAUGUUCCCGGAUGCGAGGACUAUUACGGUGACGUGGACCUGAAAGCGCUGAAGAAGCUGGGAUUCUGAAUGAUGCGCAGCGGCUCCAAAGACAGACUGAAAUUUAACCCCUUCGACUUGUUAUGAUAUGCCUCUUCAGCAAGGUGACAGUCAUGGUUCUCUUAUAUUGGCUGUUAUGUUUUCAUAUAACAUCGUGUGAUAGGGACAACAUGCGAGCAGUUAGUGCAACUUAUCACGCUGUUCCUAGCACACGAUAUAUAAUAACAUUUGAUGACAACCAAUGUUGGUACACCUUUAGGUCGAUGGGCAUUUGAGGGUUUAAGAUAUUUGAGUACCUACUGUCAAAGUAAUCCCAUACUUCUUGCAUUAUACCCGGCAUAUACUUGAAUAUUGACGUCCGAGCUAAUAUUGAAAAAAGGCUGUUAAAAUCAUUGGCGGGGUGAUCUGUAAGUAAAUGAAUUAAAUCUAGAGAGAUUGUACACAUUGCCUUAUACUAAAGUAGGAAUUUUUAACUAUGAAUUCUGCCGUACCCAGUCAAUAAUUUAAUGUACUGCUUCGAUUUAAAUUUUAGACAUAUUUUAAUAGGUUCGCAUCGUUGAAAAGAAAGUCCCGUCUGUCUGAAGAGGCGCUCAAAGCAUUUUGUUUCCAAACGUAGUUUUAAGUGCGUAUACUCAUUUACAUAAAUUUUUUGACAAAAAUUUUAUCAUCUGGAAGAUUUAUAAUUGUUGCCAAAAAAUUGACUUGCAUUCUCAUGCUUUUGUUUCUGACGCUGAUGUCAGAAGCUUUUGUGGGAAUUUCAUUCAAAACCUUAUAAGUUUUCGAAUGAAAUUUGCACUAAAAGUACAGAUUUUAGUCAUAUCUUAGUUUACGGUUAGUUUAGGCUAGUUUUACAAGUGAAAUUGGUACUGUAAAUAAACUUUAUAUUUUCUAUAA